UUCAAGUCUGAACACCGUUAUCGUCUCUAUGCCAUCGUCUCAUUCCUGAAUUUCAUUCCCUGUCUGUUACCUUGGUUGCGUCAAGGCUGCUGGAUCUUCUGAAUUCUCCUGCCCCAUCAAUACCACCACCUUGAAUCAAGUGGACAAGUGUCUGUCCUGACUGUGGUUCUGACCCUGUGCCUGCCUGAAAGCAACAGCCCAUUACCGAAGUUCAAGCUGUUGGCGGCGCAUCCCAUGAAGUCUGUGCGGUGAAGCGGAGCGGCCCCCCGUAGGGAUGUAGGAGGGCACUGGGGAGCCGGAAGUGCGCCUGGAGCCCGGGGUCCGAGCGAGGGCCGAUCGCCCACCCUGCUCGUCUCCAGCUGCGCUGCGGCCAUGGGCUCCAUCGUGCUCCUCCUGCUGCUGCUGCGCCUCUCCCCGUUACUGGGCGACCUCGGCUUCCACGGCGAUGGAGAGCAGCCUGAACUGAGAGUUUUCCAUCACUCGUGCGCCCUGAAGAUGGACGAAGGCCCGUGCAGGAGCGUGAUGGAUAGGUUCUACUUCAACGCUGACACGCGGCAGUGCGAGCGCUUUGACUACGGAGGCUGCGAGGGCAACGCAAACAACUUCGAGACCUUCGAAGAGUGCGAGGAAACGUGCGUCCCGGAACCGGGUAAGAAUUCCUGCCGCCUAGAAGAGGAGGCGGGGCCUUGCAGAAGCCUGCUGAGACGCUACUUCUUCAACAGCAGAAGCAAGAAGUGCGAGACCUUCUUCUAUGGCGGCUGCUUGGGCAAUGCCAACAACUUUAAAACGCUGGAAGCGUGCCAGGUGGCGUGCCAUACCUCCAAUAUCAGCGGAGUCAAGUCACGCUCACUGUCGCCUGUUUAUGCAGGAGAACGGAAGAAGGCGGAAAUGCGGCACGAUGGCCGACGUUCAGAGCCCGUCGAACCCAGCGCAGCCCCUGUCUCGUCAGAUGGUGAUGUUCACCUGGGCGCGGUUGAAAUAAACCCUUCCCGUGCUGAGCCGCCGAAAGAGAACCGCACAGACUCAUUUCUCCCAGCUGUAUGCUUUCAACCGAUCGACCGAGGGACCUGCGAUGGCUCAUCGAAAAGGUACCUUUACAACCGGAAGCUGAAGCGGUGCCAGAUCUUCCUUUACAGUGGCUGUGGAGGCAACAAAAACAACUUUGUUUCUCGGAAGCAAUGCAUGAAAAUGUGCCUUCCGAACGCCCUAACCUCAGAUGGAUUUGCCCGCGUGGGACUACGACGGAUACGGAUAAAGAAGAAGAACUCGCACGUCUUGACUCUCCUGUCUGGACGCAAACCUUCAAACAGAACAACUGCAUAUAACACUAAAAAGACUAACUAGAGUGUAUCAGUUUUCAAUAUUUACUGAAUUAAUACUUCUACGGCAUUCAAAUAUUAUCUUUAAAUAACUUGUGAUGCAAAACAUUUUUACCCUGAAAAUUUCCAAAAGGUUUUCAACUCUUUUUUUUUUAAAUUUAAAUUUAAAUUUUAGUGAUUUUUACCUGUACUUUCGAAUUGCUGAAGCCUGUCUACAUUUGUCCUUGAGCUGCAUAAAUAUAAAUAAAUAGAUAACACAGUUAAGCCCUGCUCUGCUUCAAGAGUACAUUAAUAUUACAGUAUGUCAGACUUUUGCAUAAUCACUGUCGGCCAAGUUGUUACCGUCAUGAAUACAUUAUAAAAAAGAAAUUCUCGCCUUAUGUACUCAGGGUUGUGUUCCUCUCUAGCUGAAACAGUGCGGUCCGUGGUUGCAGAAGCAUGCCUGUGUAUGUCGGAGACCGUGCUCUGCUGGUACGCGCUGCUUCCAGUCAGUGUGUAUUUGACACAAGUCACACACUGCGGCAGAGUUUGCACCCUGUACCGCAGUGGUGUAUUUUUCAACGCAGGUGGCGCAGGAUGAUUUUUGCAGCCCCUACUCCUGUGUGCACUGAGCUCCAGCUCUGUGGAAGUCCAGGGUUGUAUAGGUCCCACGUGGGUCAUUUUACUUGCUCAAGGGUCAUAUCUCAAGUUUUUUUUAUAUUUCAGGUCAAAACAUUUCAGUAAUUGGAAACAUGAUCAACUGUCUCUUUUUUCCAACCUUGCAGAAUGUAAACCCAGCUGAAACCCAGAACUAGACAAAACGGUGAUGCUUUGUAAAGAUGUUUCAAUAAUAAUGAUUGUUAUUAUUCUUAGCAGUCGUGAGUCAUUUUGUGAUGAAGAUAAACCCUGCUAUUAUAUGAAUGUGAUGUGACGAGUCAGGUCAUGUGACCACAGUGUUAUAAUUGACAGAUUACCCAAACGGGUUGAUAAACUUUCUGCAGUUGCAACUGGCUGGGUGUGAUUUAUUUUUUUCGAAUUUACUGGAGGACAAAACAAGUGUUUAAAAGUUAUCAGGUAUUGGGGGGCCACAAAUAAUGAGCAGUGGGACUCAAUGGUGGUAUGGGGGUGGGUCAACACCCUGGAUAUCCCAUUAAGUCAACUCAGUGGAUCCCAACUUGAAACACAAGUGAUAUAUUCUAGUCAAACUGACCAGGAGUAAAUAAGUGAGUGUAUUCAGUAAUAGAGGAAUAUACACACACACAUUGU